UCUCUCUCGCUUCGGAAAGACAUUAGAAUUAGGAAAAUGGAAACCUAGUUUCAUAGGUUAAGGGCAGAAGAACAAGAAAGCAGAAAUAGCGCAAAAACACCCCAGACAAAAUUAAGUCGUAGACGGCUACCCACAAUCAAAUCAAAUCAAAAUCCAUAUAAAUUCGGUUCGAAAUCAUUGCAUCUCGCCUUCAUUCUCCACGUACUUGUCAACAGAAUCGCAUCCAAGAAAUUCCAUGAUACCGAUUCGUUAGAGUACCAAUUGCUCCAAACUAUCACCAAAAGGGAAAAUCAGAAUUCCGAUUAUUUUUCCGAUGCAUCCAUUUAAUCCCGCACCGAAGGCGCUGGCUCGUUCGGUGGUACGCCAGAAUUGGUUCCGGCAGCGGAUGAGAAAUUGUUGCAGUUACAAUCAGAUUCGGUGUCUGAGUAGCGUUCCCGGGACUAAUGUAUUUGCUUCAGCGGGCAAAACUGUGGGAGGUUACAGGAAUAGCAGUUUUCUGGAUUGUGGGAAUUCGUCCAGUAUUAGUAAUGUUGCUUUUCAGAAAAGGGGAUUUCUGGGGUGUGGUGAUGGCCAAGAGGGGAAUGUGCUCUCCAAAGUAUACGAAGAAAGACGUGUUUUGGGAUAUUCACCAGAACAAUUGUUCAAUGUGGUUGCUGCUGUUGACAUGUAUGAAGAUUUUCUUCCUUGGUGUCAGCGAUCAGAGAUAAUUCGCCGCAAUCCUGAUGGGAGUUUUGAUGCUGAGCUAGAAAUUGGCUUCAAGUUUCUUGUUGAAAGUUAUAUCUCCCAUGUGGAGCUACACAAACCAAAAUCUGUUAAGACAACUUCAUCCCAGAGUAGCCUUUUUGAUCAUUUGAUCAAUGUCUGGGAAUUUAAUCCGGGACCUGUUCCAGGAUCCUGCAACCUUUAUUUCUUGGUGGACUUUAAGUUUCAGUCACCAUUUUAUCGACAGAUUGCAAAUAUGUUCUUCAAGGAGGUGGUUUCUCGGCUUGUUGGUUCAUUCAGUGAACGAUGUCGACUGAUAUAUGGACCUGGGGUACCAAUCCUUGAAAAUACUUAUGACGAGAGAAUAUGAAAGUCUGCAAAUUUUUCCAUCAUGUCGACCGAGCCAACACCGUUGAAUCUCUCUCUGAACUUCUAUCAAUAUGAGAUUAACCCCUAUGGCCGAUCUCAUUUGCACUUUGAAUCCUGAAAGAAAGGUACUAACCGCACCAUGCUGGGAUUCUUUCGGAUCAUUUGUAUCAGUAAUUCAGGAUGGAAUGUAUCACCUCUUCCCUUGUUUUUGUUUUUUUUCAUGCUCAAAAGAAGGGGUGAAAAAGGUACAAGGAUGUAUAUCACAUAUAAUAUGAAUUAGCAGUCUUUACAGACAGCCUUAUAGACCUAGAAGUAUUCCCAUUCCCCAUUACUGAUUUCUGUCCCUGGGCUGGUAAAAGAGUAACUCCUUGUAUUCAAGAAUGCAUGUUCAUAAUCUUGUUGUGGAAUUCAAACUGAAGGAUGGGCCAUUUGCAUUGUUGAAAAGCCUCAGCCCACUGAAGCUAUUCUAUCUUCUUAUUUGCACGGAGAUA